AUGGCUUGGGUAGCUCGUCUUUCGCACGUAUUUCACGAGUUGCGAGUCGUUUACAACGCGCGCGAUGCAGCCUCGGCAGGCGUGCGGCAGUUCCUGGAGGAAUACUAUUCAUUUGUCAAGGAGCUCAAUCCGGGACUCCCUGUGUACGUGCGUCCGUUCGAUGGCGUUCGAGAACCUUACGUGGCGGUGCGGCGUAGCGACGGGAGCUACGCGACGCGUCAGCUCACGAACUUGAGCGCGCGCGCAGUACUGCGCCAGAUCAAGGAGCUCACAGACGUAGCGUUGCCGCUGGACCCCGUUGUGCGUCGACGCCAGCUAGCAGAUAUUGUAUAG